AAGGCGGGCCUCAGGCUGCCAGCGUCCGGUCAGCCAUUUUCUGUGGCUCGGCUUUUGUUUUCCCAGCGGCCAUGUUCUGGAGAGCGGACGCCUCAGCAGCGUGCCGUGCCCUUGUCAGGCGUGUAGAUGGCAGUGUCGGCUUGUCCUCAGGAGCCUGGAGGGGCCGAGCCUGAGUGACAGAGGAGGAGAUAAAACAUGAGCGUGCUAUGGCGGUACGGCUUGCUUAGGCUGUGCCGAGCUGCCUGGACUCAGCGGCCCGGAAAGCCCGUGGCGGUCCUCCGCUGCCUCAGCAUGCAGCGCUACAGCAUAGAAGAGAGAGGGCGGCCCAACUCCAUAGAGUACCGGCUCUACUUCAAGAAUGCUGAUGGUAAAUUCAUCUCACCAUUUCAUGAUAUCCCACUUAAUGCAGGACCUGAAGCGAACAAUGAUGUUCCAGCAAAGAAAUCUAAAUCUAACUGGGAUAAGACUGCAUUCAACAUGGUAGUUGAAAUUCCUCGUUGGACAAAUGCUAAAAUGGAGAUUGCCACCAAGGAAUCUUUAAAUCCAAUUAAGCAAGAUGUAAAGAAAGGAAAACUUCGAUAUGUGUCAAACAUCUUCCCUCAUAAAGGAUACAUAUGGAACUAUGGGGCUCUUCCUCAGACUUGGGAGGAUCCUAAACACAAAGAUGAGGAUACAAACUGCUGUGGAGAUAAUGAUCCUAUAGAUGUCUGUGAAAUCGGCUCUAAGGUUUGCUCCAGGGGAGAUGUAAUUCAAGUGAAAGUUCUGGGGGCUCUGGGACUCAUAGAUGAAGGAGAGAUGGACUGGAAAAUAAUCGCAAUCAAUAUUGAUGAUCCUGAAGCCGAUAAGUUCAAUGGUAUUGAAGAUGUAAGAAAGCAGAAACCUGGUUAUCUUGAGGCCACUGUUGAUUGGCUGAAAUCAUAUAAAGUCCCUGAUGGCAAGCCAGAAAAUAAGUUUGGCUUUAAUGGAGAGUUUAAAGACCAAGCAUUUGCAAUUGAGGUUAUCAAACUUACUCAUGACCACUGGAAAGACAUGGUCCAUAAAAAAUCAGAAUGUGGUGAGAUAAAAUGUAAAAAUGUUAUGGUUACAGAUAGCCCGUUCUGCUGCAGUGAAAAGGAAGCUACAGCCAUUGUACAUUCUGCUCCAUCUCCAGGAGAAUUGGUUCCAGUCUCUUCUGAAGUUGAUGUCUGGCAUUUCCUCAAGAAGUGACCCUGAUAAUUCAAAUAGAAGAUUUCAAUAAUUGUGAAGGAAAUAGAUGGCAUAUCUUGUAUAUAUUAUGUUCUUUUACUACCAUACAAUGGGAUCUGACAUUGUGUAA